AUGUCAAGAGAUAAGCCCUCUUGGAAUAUACCUUCUUUUGAAGACAUAGAAAAACAAAAAGCGCAACAGUCAAAACAGCCCCUUUCUUUUUUUAAAGCAAAGCGCACUUUAGCAGAGUCCAGUUUAGAAGAUCCAAAAACACAAGCACCAAGCCCUCAACCACAACAACAAAGACCUCCCGCUUCAACACCAAGCCGCACACAACCUUCCCACACAAACAUACGUCGAUCUACAGCCAAUAGUAUUCUCGUUAAUCCUACACAACAAAAGAACCCUAUUUUAAAACAUGUUCAUAACGUGCCUUGGGAGCCUUCCGAUGCUAUCAAAAUGGAUUAUGUGGUUGGCCAAACAACCGGCGUCAUUUAUCUCAGCUUAAGAUAUCAUCGUCUUUAUCCCAGCUACAUUUAUGACAGGCUCAAUGCUGUCAAAAACUUGUAUGUGUGUCGUAUCUUGCUUGUUUAUGUGGAUGUAGAAAACUAUCAUGACGCCAUACGAGAAAUCAAUCGAAUUGCUAUCUUGAGUGAUUUUACCUUGAUGCUUGCCUGGAGUCCAGAAGAAGCAGGACGGUAUUUAGAAACCUAUAAAGCAUUAGAGAACCGAGCACCUGACUUGAUCAAGGAAAGGGUGGAGGAUGAAUAUUUAGCCAAGAUCACAGAUUGUUUGACGCAGAUACGUAGUGUCAACAAGACGGAUGUAUUGACACUUCUGUCUACUUUUGGGUCUCUUAAACAGAUCAGUGAAGCGACUACAGACCAAUUGGCAAUGUGCCCAGGAUUUGGUGAGCAAAAAGUAAAGCGAAUUCAACAGGUGUGGAAGCAGCCUUUUUUGGCAAAUAGUAAGAAACAGAAAAGAAAAUGA